AUGGCCGGCACCUCUCCCACUCGACGGUCUUCUCGGGCGCGAACGACUCAAUCCCAAUCCCAGCUCUCCUCUGCCACGUCCAGCUCGUCUGGCCGUGCCGAACGACCGACCAGAGCCCUCACCAAGGCCUCCUCCCCCCAGAAGUCCACCGGCAGCGCCUCGCUCUCCUCGGAGCCCCCCGAAGACUCGACCGCCGCCACGGCCAGCGGCGACGACAACCCCCUCCUCCGCCGCCGGAGCACCCGCGCCCGAGACGACGAUCGCGACAAGCAGCCCAAGGUAGAGCUGCCCGAGAUGGCCAUCGCGAGCGACGACAACGAGAUCCAGGAGGACGACGAGGCCGUCCGCUGCGUCUGCGGCUUCGACGACUACCCUGGCCUGCCGCCCCUCGACGACGACACCAAGCAGCAUGCGCUCAAGGACGCAAUUGACCUCGAGCCGCUCUUCACCAUCGAACUGACCGACGACCUCGCCGGCUUUUUCGUCCAAUGUGACGUGUGCAAGGUCUGGGAGCAUGGGCUCUGCAUGGGCAUUGUCAACGAGGACCUGCUCCCGGACGACUACUACUGCGAACUCUGCCGAAAGGACCUGCACAAAAUCUACACGGCCAGCAAUGGACAAAAAUACUCCAUUUACCUACCCCUCCACCGACCCUCGCGGGCGACCUCGAGGGCUACCUCGACCGCCAAAGAGGGUGCCCGCUCCCCCAGGAGCGGUGACCGCAAGAGCUCGCGGGCCUCAGCUGCAGCCGCUGCAGCCCAGAGCGCCUCGGCCAAGCGGCGGUCGACCAUGAACAGCCGCGAUGCGGCCUACGACGAGGAACAGCUCAGGCGCGCGCUGGAGAUCAGCAAGGGGGAUGCCAUCACCGAGGAGCCCGAACUAGGCCCAAGGCGUCCCAAGAGGGGCAGAGACGACGAUGAGGAGUACGUGCUGCUUGCGCUCGAGACUUCCGGCCCGGCUAACCGUGGUGCUUGCAGGCAACCCGAGAUCAAGAGGCAAAGGACAACAUCCAAGUCGCCCUCGCCUGGGGAUCAGGCCCUUUCCGCCAGCCAGGAAGAGUCCGAGGACGAGUCGGGCCUCCGCAACGGGACCUCCAAGAAAUCGUCCCGGCAUGUAGUCCGCAGCCAGCGUGAGAAGGCCGAGCGAGACGAGCGCCGUGAGGAACAGGAGCGCAAACGAGCCGAGGCCGCUAACAAACGCAAAGGCCGAGCCGAACGCCGCAGAGCUGAUGGUAAACCCGCCACUGCAACUACCAUUGUCGUCAAGGUCUUUCAAGCUGAUGUGGAUGCCGAUGCAGACUCUGAUCCUUCCGAGGAAAUGCCCCUGGCCACCCGUGCCUCCGUCAAUCGGUCUACCGAAUCCGUCCAUCCGCCGGAUCCUCCUGCAUCCUCGCAGCCCGCCCCGGACACGCCGCCCGCCGACCAGGUCCCCGCCAGCUCCAAUAAAAAGAAGCCUCUCCCGCUUCCGAAGAAGAAAGGAAGAAACCAGUACACCAAGGAGCGUGACUCGCAUCUAAACGAAGGUUCACCCGCAAGAUCCAUGUCCCGAGACAUAGCGCGUGACAAGGACGAGCACCACCCCAAGAUUACCCACGAACCCGGCCCCAAGCCUAGCAGCAAGGCAAGGGGCGGCAUGAACUCAAAGAUCACCAUGACUGACCUGAAGAGGCGCGCAAAUAACCUGAUGGAAUUCAUCGGCCGGACUCAGGUAGAACUGGCCAGCGAGCCGCUGUCUGAAAGGAAUAGCCAGCCUGCAAGUGAAGAGGGAAGUCAAGUCAACGGAACAAACGGUGACAGGUUGGCCGGCGACGCCGCUGCCACCACCAACGGCACCUCCGCAAAAGACUUCAAGGAUCUGAGCUGUGUGGAGAUGAUGGAUGCGUUGACCAGGGAUCUGGUCAAGUGGCAGCAGGAGUAUAUCACGUGA